CAUGAGGGCGGAGCGGAGGUUUCCAUGGCGACGGCAAACACGGCCCUGACUGGAGGGCGGCUGCUGGGCUGCUACUCGCGCCGCCACCAUGAUUCCCCCAGCAGACUCUCUGCUUAAGUAUGAUACCCCGGUGUUGGUCAGCCGGAAUACUGAGAAACGGAGCCCCAAAGCUCGGCCACUGAAAGUCAGCCCCCAGCAACCUGGACCCUCGGGUCCCGUCCCACAGCCACCCAAGACCAAGCUCCCCUCAACUUCCUGUGUCCCAGAUCCUACAAAGCAAGCAGAAGAAAUCUUGAAUGCCAUCCUGCCCCCAAGGGAGUGGGUGGAGGACACGCAGCUAUGGAUCCAGCAGGUGUCCAGCACCCCCAGCACCAGGAUGGACGUGGUGCACCUUCAGGAGCAGCUGGACCUGAAGCUGCAGCAGCGGCAGGCCCGGGAGACCGGCAUCUGCCCAGUGCGCCGGGAGCUGUACUCACAGUGUUUCGAUGAGCUGAUCCGCGAGGUCACCAUCAACUGUGCGGAGCGGGGGCUGCUGCUGCUGCGGGUGCGGGACGAGAUCCGCAUGACCAUUGCCGCCUACCAGACCCUGUAUGAGAGCAGCGUGGCGUUUGGCAUGAGGAAAGCGCUGCAGGCCGAGCAGGGGAAGUCAGACAUGGAGAGGAAAAUUGCAGAGUUAGAAACGGAAAAGCGAGAUCUGGAGAGGCAAGUGAACGAGCAGAAGGCAAAAUGUGAGGCUGUUGAGAAGCGGGAGAGCGAGAGGAGACAGGUGGAGGAGAAGAAGCACAAUGAGGAGAUACAGUUCCUGAAGCGGACGAAUCAGCAGCUGAAGGCCCAACUGGAAGGCAUUAUUGCACCAAAGAAGUGAUAAUUUCCAUGUGGGUCUCGGCAAGCACCAACGACCCCAUCAUAAGCCCUUUGUAAUAAAAAGCGUUUCCUGAGUGAAGAAGCCAUACUCCCGCCCUUAGCACCACCUACGUAUCUGUCAGAAGUCACACCACUGCCCCCAAGUGGUGUUCAACACCUCAGAUCUGACAGCCAGGCUCCAGGCUGGACAACGGAAGGCAGUGCAGCCCAGGCAGUCUCCACAUGCAGCCAACCU